CGCGACCACCAUACUUCUCCACCUCUUUCUGCCGCCCGAUGAAAGAAACGCAUUUCAAUCCACCAUUCUCUCUCUCUCUCCUCACCAUCCCCUUCUCCGCAUCGCCCUCACCGGAACCCUUCUCCGAUCAUCCUCCCCAACUUUACGGGUCUCCCUCAUCCGCCGUCCCCUUCUCCUGGGAACACCAGCCCGGAAUCCCUAAACUCCACCCGCCGUCCCAUUCCUCCAAACCCCAUCUCCUCCCUCUCCCGCCGCUCAGAUCCACCGUUAAUUUCCCCCGUAACAAGCGAUCUAGCUCCGGCGACUCCGGCGACUUCGAUCCCUUCGCCGUCGCGCUUGCGCGGUGCGCUGAAGACUCUUCCGGCGAGGAUAUUGACGGAAUGCGGUGGCGGCGAUCAGGUACGAAGUGGGUGGGUGUGUGGCGACGUGCGGCGGUUGCCGGCGGAUUUGGUUUAGUGAGCUUUUCUGGUUCGUGCAAGACGGCGUGCUCUGUUUCUGAUGCGAUCGUGGCGCUGCCGCGGGCGGCGAGAAGUGGUGGCGGGUCGUACGGGCGGGUGAACCGGCGGAGGGAAUGAGAUGGACCGGUUCGGACCGGUUCGAGAUGAUUAGGGAAUAUGUCGUUGUGGUAUGGAUACGGCACAUAGCCAAUCAUUAGCUGCCACUUGGGCGUACAUUUUAUUGAUGGGUGAUGUGGCGGCUGAUGAUUGGAUGUAGGAGGAA